AUGGCGUCAACGAGCCGCUUUCGCAACACGCAGAAGCGGAAGAAGUGGGCCGAGACCGGCGUGCGGUUCAGUUUAGAGUACACGAAGCUGAUUGAGCCGCUAGAAGACGCCGGCGGUCCCGAGGGGGCAGACGCCCUCGCGCGCGCGCUGCGCUCCUUCUGCGACCUCGGCAGCACCUACGCGGAGCUCGAGGACAUCAAGACGCUCUCCUCGGCCUUCCACAAGGCCCUCGCGACCGCGCGUGCGCACGACGACGCCCAGGCCCUCGCGGCCCCGCUCGUCGGCCUCCUCUUCGAACGCAACAGCAAGCCCCUGCACCGCGCGCUGCUGCAGCAGGCCCUGCUUCCAAAGCUGCGCGAUGCCGACGCGCAGGAGCGCGCCGAGGCCGCGAUCGGCGCCGCGGUGCGCGCCGUCGCGUCCUCGCACGCCCGGCGCGCCGCGCACGCCCUCUCCGCCGGCGCCGUCGCCCCGGGAACGCUGCUGGUGGAGCCGCAGGCGUCGCUGGCGUCGAGCCACCUCAAAGCCCACCUCGCGCCCGUCGCGACGGACCUCGCGCUGUACUUCGCCGCGGCCGUCGACGCCGGCGUCCGCGCCGGCCCCGAGGGCGUCGUCGCGCGCGCGGCGGCGGGCGGCGGGGGCGGCCCGUCGCCGUGGAUCGAGGACCUGCAGGAGUGCCUCUCGACGGCGUACUACUUGGUGCAGGCGCACGGCGAGACGAUGUGCGCGGACCGCGACGGCGCGCGCGCGGUGGCCGCCGCCGCGCGCACGGCCCUCGCAGUGCUGCAGCGCACCGUGCUCCCGCAGGAGUCCUGCCUGACGGCGUCGGCGCUGCUGUGGGGCGCGGCUGCGCUGCCGCAGCUGCCCCCUGCGCGGACGGCGCGGCUCCUCGCCAGCGCGCUGCUGCCGCAGCUGCUGGGCGGCGACGACGCGAGCCCGGAGCCGGACAGCAUCGUCGACGCGGCGCUGCGGGGCGACGGGACGUCGCUGGCGGCGGAGUUCGCGCGAGUCGGGCCGGUGGGGAUGGCGUGCGCGGUGCGCGGCGCCGUGACGUCGCUCCCGGCCGCGGUCGUGACGUCGCCGGUGGACGCCGGGGGCCGCGAGGGCGUGCUGGGGCCGACGCUGAUCGUGCGGUGGGCGGCGUGCGCGAGGGAGGCGGAGGAGGCGCAGGUGAAGUACCACGCGGUGGCGACGCUGCAGGCGGUCAUCGCGCAGGCGCGGAAGGUCGCGGGCGCGCGGGGGGGGGUCCCGGCACUGGACGAGAGCGGGGUGGACACGGUGCUGGGGGCGAUGUGGGCCGCGUUCGAGGACCCGCUGAUGGGGCCGUCGAAGAACGCGCAGCUGGCGUUCGAGGACUUCGUGGACCUGCUGGACGCCACGGCGCCGUCGUCGUGUGCAACCGGCAGCUGGGGGCUGCGGAUCGCGGAGCACCUGACGUCGCUGGACGAGGGCGGCGCGCGGUGCGGGAAGCGCGGGUUCGGCGGGCCGAUCGGCGCGCGGGCGCGCUGCUGGCCGCUCAAGUCGCUGUGCGAGAAGUGCGGCGCCACGACGGUGCUGGAGCUGAAGCCGGCCUUGUACAGGGACACCGUCGCGGCGAUGGUGGACAACUCGACGGCGACGCCGGCGAGCAACCUCCUGGGCUCGCUGCUGUCCGGGUCGAUCGCCGGGAGCCUCGCGAGCUGCGCGGACGCCGCGGUGGACGCGCCGGCGCGCCGCGCGGCCGUGGAGGGCUGGUCGCGCGCGUGGCGCCCGCACGUCGUCGCGGCGCUGCUCGGCGACGACGCCCGCUUCCGCAUCAACGUCGCGCAGUACGCGCUCCCCCAAAUCUUCCGCCUGAAGGACGGCCCCACGAUCCUCGCGCUGCUCUUGCGCGACCUCGUGCGCGACGCACGCGCCGCGGACGGGCGCGCCUCGGACGAGACCGUGGUGGGCGCGGUGAUGUCGGCGCUGCGCAUUGCGCGGCGCGAGGGACUGGUGUCCAGCCUCGAGGAGGUUGUGGGGCCCGGGAAGCCGCUUCCGGAGGGCGUCAUGGUGUCCGCGCUGUGCCACCGCUCCGAGGACCUGCGGAUCUCGGCGACGGAGCUCCUCGCGGUGCACGCCAAGCCCGCGGAGCUGCCGAGCGCUCUCGAGCUCUCGCUCCUGCGCCGCGGCGUGGCCGCCGCGCUGCGGUCCCCGGCGACGUCGGCGCGGAACCGCUGGCUGCCGCUGAUCGGCAACAAGCUGCUCCCGCGCAUCCAGGUCGCGGCGCAGGGGGCGCUGGGGCGCGCGGCGCGGGAGGAGCGCGCGUGGCGCAAGAAGGCGAAAGCACCCCCCGACGCGCAGCCGGAGCUGACGGCGCCGACCGUGGCGCUGCUCGCCGGCGUCGGGGAGUGCGAGGGCUUCGUGCAGUGGCUCGCGGCGGCGAGCCUGACGUCGCUGUACCCCUCUGCGCCCUACACGCGCCGCAUCGUUGCCAUCGAGGUCCUGCGCGCGAUCCUCGACCUGUGGCCGCCGCAGGGCGCGCCGCCGACGAAGAUCUCGGAGGCGAGCGCGCGUGGCGCGAAGAUCACCGCGAGCGCCGCGGCCGGCGCGCGGGCGUUCCAGGCGCUGCCGCAGGGCGCGCUGGAGCCCGCAACGUGCCGCGCGCUGCUGGGCGGGCUGACCGACAGCUGGGACCGGUUCCGCGACUGCAGUCUCGCGGUGCUGAGCCGGCUCCCGCGGCCGCUGCCGGGCCUCGGGGCGGGCGGCGGCGCCACGCGGACGGCGCGGUGGGCGUGCACGCUGCUGCGGAGCCCGCGCGCGAAGGACGGCGACGCCGGAGCGCGCGUGCUGCGCCUGCUCUACCUGUGCUACGCCCGGGGCCUCGGCUGGGACAUGCGCGCCGGGGCGGACCCCGCGACGCAACAGUGCGAGCCACCGCCCCCGGAAGAGCAGGCGACGACGCGCGCGAAGCGCGACACGCUCGGGCUGUCGCAGGCCGACCCUUUGCGGGCGCAGCUGGCGGCGCUGUCGUCGAUGGUGGGGGGGUUGGAGGCUGAUGUGGCGCGCGCCGAGGAUGAUCUGUACGCGGCGUGCAGCGCGUGCCUGGCGCACGGCUCGCUGCUCGCGCUGCGGUACUGCGUGGAGGAGACGGACUGGGUGGCGGCGGGGAAGGCGGCGGGGCCGGUGCGGGCGGACUGGCGCGCGCUCGUGGUGCGGAUGAUGGACGCGAUCAGGGGCGCGCUGCGCGUGGCGCUCCCGCCGACGGCCGAGGUGAAGAAGUACAACAUCGAUGCGGGGGAGGUGCAGCAGGGCGCGGGCGGCGGCGACGACGACGGCAGCGACGUGGAAAUGGACGGGGACGGCGACGGGGACGGCGGCGGCGGCGGCGUGGCGUCGCUGGGGCCGCGCGCGCAGGUGAUGGUGAUCGGAUCGUGGCUCACGAUCAAGGAGGCCGCGCUGCUGGUCGCGGAGGUCGCCCGGCAGCUCCCCGCGCCCGAGGACCGCACAAUAGACCCCCCAGGGGAGGGGGGGUCCGAGCCGCAGCGCAAGCGGCCCGCGGCGCCGGACGAUCUGCUCCCCGCGGAGGUCCUGCUGUCCGUGGGCGAGAUGCUGAUGCACACGAUGCGCGAAUCGAAGCACCGCGGCGCGCUCGAGAAGACCGGCCUGGCGCUGCAGGUCGUCGCGACGUCGCUUCGGCGGUCGCGGUCGCCGGCGCUGUCGCGCGUGCCCGACGAGUGGGAGCGCGCGACGCUCGCGCACAUUCGGCGGCCGGGCCAGGGCCUCGACGACGUCACGCGGCGCUCCGCGGGGCUGCCGUACGCCGCGCUGGCGCUCGUGCGGUCUGAGCCGCCGGGGGUGCCGCGCGCGGCGCUGCCGCGAUGCGUCGAGGCGCUCCUCGGCGUCGCGGAGGACGACGGGAGCGGGAGCGCCGCGGGGGCGUGGCCGCGGAUCCACGCCUUCAAUUGUUUGCGGGAGAUCUUCCAGUGCGCGUCGAUCACCGCGGACACCGCGGCGUACCACUCGCGGGCGCUGGCGACGUCGAUCCGCGCGCUCGCGGCGCCGCAGUGGGAGGUGCGCAACGCGGCGUCCCUUUCGUUCACCGCGCUGGCAAUCAAGAUUUUAGGGUUCCGGAACAACGCGUCCGACCUGGCCUCGCAGCGCGGGCCGGGGUACAUCUACGGCGCCGAGGUCGCAACGGGUGGCGGCCGCCGCACGCUCACGGCCGCGGAGUUCUUCGCCCGCUACCCGUCUCUGCACGGGUUCAUGCUGGGGGAGCUGCGCGCGGCCGCCGCGUGGAGCGGGGGCGGGGCGCUGUCCGUGCACCCCUCGCUCUUCCCCGUCCUGGCCGUUCUGUCGCGCCUGAGGCCCUCGCACGCGUCCACCGCACCGGCGCCCGGCGGGAGCGCGGUGACGGCGGACCUGCGCGCGUUCCGCGAGACGUUGCUGCGCUGCGCUGCGCGCGCGCGGCACGCGCACGUGCGGAGGCUUGCGGCCAUGGCGAUCGCGGCGCUCGUCGGGCGCAAGGACCUGCGCGCGACGACGGAGGAAGCCGCGGCGGCGCUGGCCCCGGGCGCCCCGAACGGACUCAAUGCCGCGCACGCCGCGUUGAUGAUCCUCGACUGCCUGUGCGCCGACAUCGACGCCGCGGGGGCGGCGUCCGUGAUCGACGUGCUGCGCCCCGUGCUGCUGCGCGCGCCGUCGGGGCAAAACGCGUGGGUGCUCGACCCUCGGAGCGCCCCGCCGCUGCUCGUCGCGGCGGGCCUGCGCGUGCUGCGGUCCCUCGCCGGGGCGGUCGCGCGCGACCCCGACGGCGCACCGGACGGCCUCGAGGGCGCCUGCCUCGACGUCGCGGACGCGGCGAGGGCCGCGGUGCACACGCUGCUCGCGCACGAAGCACGCCGCGUCCAGAGCGCGGUGCGUGCGGGCGACACGGCUCCGGAGCGGCAGCCGGCGGACGGCGCCGCCGUCGGCGCGGGCCUGAUGGUGCGCGAGGCGGCGGAGCUGUACCUGGGCCCCGAGCUGCGGCUGAUGCUGCUGCGGUGCUCGCGACCAUCCAACGCCGCUCACUACUGGCCCGUGGAUGCAUCCGAGGUGGUGUUCGUGGCCACGUCGGUGCCGGUGCCGCAGGACGCGCAGGCAGGGGCGCUGUCCGCGGUGCUCCGCACGCUGGCAGCGCCGGAGGCGCGAGACCCGUCGCUCCCUCUGGUUCGCAGCGCGGCAGACCUGUCUCGGUAUCUGAGGACGCUGGUGACGGACCAGUCGCACUACGAGGUCGCUGGGCUCGCGAUCGAGGUCGGCGAGGCCCUGCGGACGCUGCCCUGCGCGGCGCGCCCGCACGAGGAGGAGGCCGCUGCCGCCUGGGCGCAGCGUCUCGGGGCCCUGGCCAGCGGCCCCGCAGGGCAGCACCUGUGCGUGGGAGCCCCGGCGCUCAUCGCGCGCGCUAGCGCGAUCGCCGCGAGCGCGACGGUCCGCGGCUGGGACGUCGCGGCCACGACGCAGUGCGUCGCGCGCCUCGAGCGCACCUCACGCCCGUCGGAGAGCGCGCAGGACCGCGAGGGCGCGGCGGCAGAGCUGCGGGCUCUGGCGCUGCUGAGCGCGCUCUUCCGGCCCGGACGUGAGCACCUCCAGCUGCGCGUUCUCGCGCUGCGAGCGUGGGGCGUGGCGCUGCGCCUCCUCGAGGACGACGAUGAAGCUGUGCGCAUGAUCGCGGCAGAGGCCGUGGGGCGAGCGCUGGAGGCGUCCUCGGGGCAGGAGGCCGCGCCGUUCGACGCGCUCGCGGAGGCGGCGGGGACGACGGGGGCAGCGGCGACCCGCGACGCGCACCCCGAGGCGCUGCUGCGCAGCGCCGUGGCGCGUGUUGUGGCAGCUGCGCUCGACCUCGGGACGCCAGCCCGGGAGAUCGUGCACGCGUGGGCGCACCGGCAGCUGCGCGGGGCGUUCGUGGCUGGCGUGGAACAAGCCGACCUUGACGGCGAUGCGGCUGCGGCUGCGGGCGAGGAGGGGGGGCUUCCGGCGUGGGCGGUGCAAGCGCUCGGGGCCUCGGAGGCGCUGGUUGCGGAGGCGUUCCCCGAAGAGAGUCGCGUGUUCGACCGCGAGCUCGACAACCAGCACCAGGAGUGUCUGUUGUUCAGCGUGCUGGUGGAUGCCGCGGUGGAGGCCGCGCGCAGCGGCAGGCGGUCGCAGGACGUGGCGGUGCACUGCUCGCGCGAGGCCCUGCGGUCCGGCCCGCGCGGCUGCCUGAGCAUGGUGCGCCACGUCGAGGACGCGUUGAGGGGCGACGCGGCGUACGUGCAGGGGGGGGCUGGCGUGGCGGUGGCGCAGGGGUCGUGCGGGGCGGCGGUGUUCAGCCGCGCGAUGGCCGCAGUGCGGGACCUGCGGCUCGCGCGGCGCCUCGGGGCGUGGAGUCCCGGGGAUGGCGACGUGGGAGAUAGAAUCGGCCAGCUCGUCGCGGUCGCUGCGGACGUGGAGUGCCACCCGCUGCUGGCGGCCGCGUUGCGAGACCUGGUGGCGGUGGAGCCGGGGCAGGGCGCGCACUGGGCGGCGUGUGGGCUGGAGCUGCUUCUGUGA